UCUCUCACCUCUUUUCUUUCUCUCUCUACAAAGUGCCUUUCUCUUUCUCUCUCUCCCAACUUCCCCACUAUUCAUAUAUAGUUUAGGACUGCAGAUCCCGUGCAGAAGCCAAAUAUAAUCCCUUUGUUUCCUCACAUAAGAUUUGGGUUUCUUCAAAGUUUUGUUUUUUUUUUUAAAAAAAAACUUUUUUUUUAAUUUCUUGGAGGUAGAAGAAAGCAAAAGGGGUUUUAAAGUUUUCUCUGAAAUGGUUUUCAUGUCUGAGUUAUUGUUCCCUGAAGAAAAUAUUGAGGAAGGUGAGUGGGAGAAAGAGAGAUAAGAAGAGGAGGAGAAGAAUACCUACCCAGCAAGCAGAAGUACAGAAAAGAUAUACAAAAAAUUGAUUGCAUUCAUUUUGAUCUGCUUCUGCUGGGUGAUUGGCAAUGUCUGCAUCGAUGAUCAUUGACCCUGUGGUGAUAUCGGCACCAGAAACUCAAUCAGCAGCUAGCAUACUAGUUGCACAAAGUGAAGUUGAAUUUGCUGUGUGUGACUGUUGUGGACUAACAGAAGAGUGCACCCCAGCCUAUAUAGAAAGAAUCAGGGAGAGGUACCAUGGAAAAUGGGUCUGUGGGUUGUGUGCUGAGGCUGUUAAGGAUGAAAUUGUAAGGUCUGAGAGGCUUGUCUGCACAGAAGAAGCAAUGGCAAAGCAUAUGAACUUCUGCAAAAAGUUCAAGGCAUCAGGGCCUCCUCCAAAUCCAACAGUGCAUUUGAUAUCUGCUAUGAGACAAAUUCUUAGAAGGAGUUUGGAUUCUCCUAGAGUAAGGUCCACACCUAAUAGUCCAACUAAGACUAUCACAGAAAUCCAUGGUUCUGUGCUUGCAAGGUCUGAGAGCUGCUUCCCUACCCUCACUGAAGGAUUGGGAUGAAGGAAAUGCUGUGUGCUUUGUUGGAUAAAAAUGGAAGGAGACAUCAGAAAUAAGGGCAGAAAAAUAUAAGCUGAAAAAUUAGAAGUUUAAUUGUAGUUUUGUCCAGUACAGAACUUUCAAUCUGUUUGUUAGAAAUUUGAACAUAAUUUGGUCAAGAAUUUUGCUUCACUAAUACCAAUUACCUUGUUUUC